CUGAGCAAACUCCGGACCACGUGACGAUCGUGGGCGGGGCGCAAAGGCUCAUAUCCCAGCAUCCUUUGUGAGCACUUCCUUUCCAUCCCUUUCCGGCGUCCAAGAUGUCGAAGAGAGGACGCGGCGGGUCCUCCGGGGCGAAGUUCCGGAUUUCCCUGGGUCUUCCGGUAGGAGCCGUGAUCAACUGUGCUGACAACACCGGAGCCAAAAAUCUGUAUAUAAUCUCCGUGAAGGGGAUCAAGGGACGACUGAACAGACUUCCUGCCGCCGGUGUGGGUGACAUGGUGAUGGCCACAGUCAAAAAAGGCAAACCGGAGCUCAGAAAGAAGGUACAUCCAGCGGUGGUAAUUCGACAACGAAAGUCAUACCGGAGAAAAGAUGGCGUGUUUCUUUAUUUUGAGGAUAAUGCAGGGGUUAUAGUAAACAAUAAAGGGGAAAUGAAAGGUUCUGCCAUCACAGGACCAGUUGCAAAAGAGUGUGCAGACUUGUGGCCCAGGAUUGCAUCCAAUGCUGGCAGCAUUGCAUGAUUCUCUGGUGUAUUUGUAAAGGAAAAACCCAUUAAAAAUUGAUGACAUGAAA